UCACUCUUUCCGUGUGAUCAAGGAUAUCUAACAUAUACAACCAAAUUAUACUACGUGACAUAUCUUUAAUUAUCAUCUAGGCACUAAAUUAAGCAAAUUCACAAGUACUCCAUGGAGGGAAAACUACUAAAUGUGAGAUCAAUAUAUUCCUUUCUUUUCCUGCUAUUGCUAAGCUUCAAACCACAUGUUACAAAGGCACAAUCACCCAACUAUGUGGGAGAUGAUUGCCAAAAUACCACCCAACAAAAAGCUCUCAGCAGUGCAUACAAAACCAACCUUAACAGUGUCCUCUCAUGGCUCUCCACAGAUGCAGCCACAAGCAAAGGCUACAACCACAACAGCUUUGGCAACAACACCUCUGGAGGAGAUGCUUCUGAUGCUGUGUAUGGCCUCUAUGAUUGCCGCGGCGACAUAGUCGGAUACUUUUGUCAAUUCUGUGUCUCUACUGCUUCCAGAGAAGUUCUUCAGCGCUGCCCCAAUAGAGUAUCUGCAAUUGUGUGGUAUGAUUUCUGCAUCCUGAGGUACUCUAAUGAGAACUUCUUUGGGAAUGUCACAGUGUAUCCAUCAUGGCACGCCGUUCGACCGAAAAUCGUGUCUAGUAAAGAAGAGAUUCAGAAAGGUUUGGAUUUUAUGAGAGGUUUGAUCAGAAAAGCAACUGUGGAGACCAAUCUUUUGUACUUUAUGGAUGGCUUCAAUUUGAGUUCCACUCAGAGAAGGUAUGGCUUGGUGCAAUGCAGUAGAGAUCUCACAAAUGAUGGAUGCAGAGAGUGUUUGGAGGCUAUGUUAGCACAAGUUCCCAAAUGUUGUGAACAAAAUUUGGGGUGGCAAGUUUUGGCUGCAAGCUGUCUCAUAAAGUAUGAUGAUUAUAUUUUCUACCUUUUUCGCACUCAAGCAUCUGAUACACAAACAGCCAAACAAAGGGGUGCUAGUAAGUCAAGAAUAAUAUUGAUCAUUGGCUUAAGUGUGCUGGGGGCAGUAGCUUUACUGUGUUUUAGUGUUUAUUGCUUCUGGUUCAGGAAAAGAACUAGAAGAGGAAGAGGAAAAGAUGGGAGGAUACCUGAUACCAUACAUCAAUCAUCAUAUCACAAUGUUCAAACUGAGGAAACACUGAAUACAGACCUGCCUACAAUCCCAUUAAUCACAAUUCUAAAGAGUACUGAUAACUUUUCAGAAGCAUCUAAGUUAGGGGAAGGUGGAUAUGGCCCUGUUUACAAGGGAAUUCUACCAGAUGGAAGACAAAUUGCAGUCAAGAGACUCUCACAAGCUUCUGGUCAAGGCUCAGAAGAGUUCAAGAAUGAAGUGAUGUUUAUAGCCAAAUUGCAACAUCGCAACCUUGUAAGACUUUUGGCGUGCUGCUUGGAGGGACAUGAAAAGAUACUUGUAUAUGAGUAUUUGUCGAAUGCAAGUCUCGACUUUCACCUGUUUGAUGAGAGAAAAAAAAGGCAACUCGAUUGGAAUCUAAGAUUAAGCAUUAUCAAUGGCAUAGCAAAAGGUCUUUUAUACCUUCAUGAGGACUCUAGACUCAAAGUUAUUCAUAGAGAUCUCAAAGCUAGUAACAUUCUGUUAGAUGAUGAAAUGAAUCCCAAAAUAUCAGAUUUUGGAUUGGCAAGGGCAUUUGAAAAAGGCCAGAACCAGGCAAAUACAAAACGAGUAAUGGGCACCUAUGGAUACAUGUCUCCAGAGUAUGCUAUGGAAGGAUUGUUUUCAGUGAAAUCUGAUGUCUUCAGCUAUGGAGUUCUUGUUCUAGAAAUCAUUUGUGGGAAAAAGAACAGUGGUUUCUAUCUAUCAGAAUGUGGCCAAAGUCUUACUUUAUAUGCUUGGAAAAUAUGGUGUGCAGGAAAAUGUUUGGAACUAUUGGAUCCAGUGCUGGAGGAAUCUUGCAUAGAGAGUGAAGUUGUGAAGUGCAUACACAUUGGUCUGUUGUGUGUUCAAGAAGAUGCAGCAGAUAGACCAACUAUGUCCACUGUUGUUGUAAUGCUAGCAUGUGAUAAAAUGCCCCUUCCAAAACCUAACCAGCCUGCAUUUUCAGUCGGAAGAAUGACCUUAGAGGAUGCCUCUACAUCAAAAAGUUCCAAGAAUCUUUCCAUUAAUGAUGUAACAGUCUCUAACAUUUUACCAAGGUAAUGGAAAAGGCAAUCAGUGUUGUUCUAUAUUUUUUUUUUCCUGGUGAAACCCGUAUAUUGUAUACCUUGUAACAUAAUGAAGAGCCUCUGGCAAAUCAGUAACAUUUUUCAGUUUUGGAUAUGUUCUUAAAGGUAA